AUUGAGAUCCCCCCCCCGAAUCAAACUGAUUAUCUUUUUCUUUUGAGGAACAUGACCACACGGCAAUAACUCUCCUCACGAUUGUUUAUUUAUUUGAUGUGGGAUGUCAACACGUCCAACAAACCUGGCCUUCUCUCUGCUCUAAAUGGACGCACUGUGGACUCAUUUGAGACACUCCGACAUAAAAUCUCACCUCUUCCCCGCUGGAUAUGUUGCAGUGACGGACAGACGCGCAUUAACAGUGUGUCGAAGACUGUCCUAUCAGAGAGCGGCGGGAUAAUUAAAAGACCAAUGGCGGCGCGGCGUGGUGCCGUAGGGGCGGGGCCGACAGUGUGCUGGAAUGCUGCCUCUCUGGGAAUGUUUUCCACUUUCAAUCACUUUUUUUUUCUCCCGGUCCUUCUCACAAGGCGCUCUUUAAGCUCCGGUGUUGCCACACAGAGCAGCCAUUCAUCGGCUCUACAGUCGGCCACACACUCCCAUGUUGAACCACUGGACAUCUAAAUUGGUGUAGCUGCUUUUGCUGAAAAGGAUUUCUAUCCGACAGUGGGAAGGAUUUGGACACUUUUACGCAGCAAUAUGACUUUGCCUGAGAAUAAUCAGCACUAACUGGAUCGUCGACCCCAAACGUAGUGUUCAAUUUUAGCCGUUAAAUUGACUUUUUUUUUUAAAUUUUAAAUAUUUUUUUUACUCCUUUCUUUUGCAUCCAAGAAUUUUCUUGUUAUUAGCUGAAAAUUAAAAAGAAAAAUGUCGGGCGAGGAGCACAGCCUGUCCGAGGCGGAGAUGAGUCCCGGAGGGUCAGACGAUGGUCACUCACUGUCACCGACUCGGCCCGGAGCGCCGCCCGGCCAGGGCUCACCUCUGACCGGGCCGCCGCAGCAGCUGGCCGCGCUCUGUGUCGCGGACGGCAGCGGGGAGGAUGGAAGAUCCAGAGGCAAAUCAGAGGAGGAGGAAGAUCGCUUCCCGAUCGGUAUCAGAGAAGCGGUCAGUCAGGUGCUGGACGGAUACGACUGGACACUUGUGCCAAUGCCGGUGCGCGUAAACAACGGAAGCAAAGCAAAGCCCCACGUCAAGAGGCCCAUGAACGCCUUCAUGGUGUGGGCUCAAGCGGCGCGGAGGAAACUGGCCGAUCAGUACCCCCACCUGCACAACGCGGAGCUCAGCAAGACCCUGGGCAAACUGUGGAGGCUGCUGAACGAGAGCGACAAGAGGCCAUUCAUUGAGGAGGCGGAGAGGCUGAGGAAACAGCACAAGAAGGACUACCCGGAGUACAAGUACCAGCCGCGGAGACGCAAAAACGGCAAACUGACGACUAGUGAGUCCGAUAGCCAAGGGGAAGGGGAGGCCAGCCACUCCCAGUCUCACUACAAGACCCUGCAUCUGGAGCACAAUGGCGGUGCUGGUUCUCCCCUGGGUGACCUGCACCACCACCACCAUCACCACCACCACCCUGCUGGUCACAGCCCACCCACGCCCCCCACCACCCCAAAAACAGAGCUCCAGUCUGGUAAACUGUCAGAUGCAAAGAGGGAUGGGGCAGCAGGAGCGUCUGGAGGAUCAGGGGGGUCCAGGGGAGCCCUCGGGGUAGGAGCUGAAGGAACAUCUGGUGGUCCAUCAUCAUCAGGAGCUAAACCCCACAUCGACUUUGGCACCAUGGACAUCGGCGAGAUCAGCCACGAGGUGAUGUCCAACAUCGAGCCAUUUGAUGUGAACGAGUUUGACCAGUACCUCCCUCCAAACGGCCACCCGCAGAGUGCGACCGGGGUCCCUGCGGCUGGCUCCUCUGCCUCAUCUUAUGCCUACGCCUUGGCCGCCGCUAGUGGGCACUCCGCCUGGCUCUCCAAACAGCAGCAGCAGCCCCAGGCCUCUCCGUCUUCCUCCGACCCCUCCAAGGCUCAGAUCAAGAGCGAGUCAUCGGCUGGGAGCCACUACGCCGAGGCCUCGUCCUCUCCCUCCUCCGGCGCUCAUGUCACCUACACCCCGCUCAGCCUCCCUCACUAUGGCUCCGCUUUCCCCUCACUGGCUUCCAGGGCACAGUUUGAGUACGGAGAGCACCAGGCCCCCGGGGCGUACUACGCCCACUCCAGCCAGGCCCCAGGGCUGUACUCAGCCUUCUCCUACAUGGGCCCUACACAGAGGCCUCUGUACACUACCAUAGGAGACCCCUCCAGCGUGGCCCCCUCUCACAGCCCCACACACUGGGAGCAGCCUGUUUACACCACACUCACAAGACCUUGAGGGAGAGCAGCUGAGCAGAGGGAAAUAUGGGAAGCGUGUGAGUGGAUCUGUUUGUGUGUGUGUGUGUGUGCGCGCAAGUAUGUGAUAGUCUGCGUGCGUGUGUGUGUCCAUGCCAUAUUGAUGUUAUAUUAGAGGUUUUUACUUUUUUAGCCAAUAUAAUGCAAGAUGCAUCCAUGGGGCCUUACAUAGUAAAAAAGAAAAGAAAAAAAAAAGGCCCAAACUCACACGGUAUAAAGUGUGAGUCAUGGGUCAACAGCCAAUCAAAAAUAGAUAAACCUUAACAAACGUGUGCCAUCAUAAAUAGACGAGUUGGGAUGUACAGCAAGUGUGUGUUCAAGAGGUAUACGAGUGAAAGAGACACUGAGACUGAACAGAUUUUGAUGAGUGACCCAGACAUGUUGGGUUUAGACUGACAUAAUCAGAUUUUAUUAACCAAACUAAAGGAUGUUUCCAUUGUUAUUGUGUUAUUUUAUAUGAGUAGUAAGUUUAUUGUCAUUGUUGAUAUCCUAUGAGUGUAACUUUAUUGUGACUGAUUUGAUAAUACACUCACACAUCUGCACCACUGCUUUGGGAAAAAGCAUGAUUUUUGGGUUUUUUUGUUUUUGUUUCAACAGGAUGCUCCCUGGUGUUGUGUUUUCGUGGCCAGAAAAAGGAUAGUUGCAACCUUCUUUCUUUGUAGAUAGCACAGUCUGCCUUUCUGUCCUUUUUGGACUUCACUGAACUGAUCAAUUAGGCAUUCAAGGGGAAAAUAGGAAAAAGAGAGGGAAAGAGAACUCUUAAAGAUGUAUUUCAGCUUAUUGCUCAGUCGUGGACACUUACCUCAAUUCUAUUCAUUUUGUGCCAGUAGCAAAGGAUGAGUACAACCAUGGAUACCUGAUUGACUGAAGCUAUUCAAAAUUUCAGCAUCUUUUUUGUUUUGUUUUCGCUUUUAAGUGCCUAACAUGAUGCUAAUUCACAUCUGAUUGAUUCAAUAACUGAGUUAAAAUAUAUAAGAACCCAGCCUCAACCAAAGCUCUCAAGAUAAUUGGCCAGCUUUGGGACCUACUUAAGGAUUAGAAUCACAUGUACGACCGCUCUGCGCUGCAUGUAGGCCAAAAGCAUGUUUUCUUCUUCACAAACAGCCCUCUUCCUCUUCAGCAAUGUGAAUAAUGGUCAUUACCACAGGCUUCACCUUUAUUAAGUGAUGCAUUCUUUAUCAUUUUAUACUGACCCUCUUACUAUGUAGUUAUUAUUUUUAUGUAAGUAAUAAUGAAUUGUGUGUCACACCUUUGCUUCUUCCAUUUUGUAUAAUUCUGGAUAGAUUUGUAAAGUGUUUGCUAUACAUUCACUUGAGUAUUUUUGCUUCCUUACAAGAAAAGCAAUGUUGAAAUAUUAUUGCUGUCAUUUAUUAAAUCAAUUUAUUUAUAAAAAAAAAAAAGAUCCGGUGUAAGCUUGUUAUUUUAUGCGGCAGUGGUGGUGUGGAGAUAACACACGGGGCAGUUAGCAAGUGAAGGGUGAAAAAGAUAAAAUUAAAAACACGCUGCUGACGUGUGAACUGUAAUAACAACAAAAUCAGAGCCCCACCAAGCUAAGCUGUUUAGUGUGUUUGUGUGUUGUAGGGCUAAAAUUGACUACUAAUUCCCCACAUUUAAUCGGCUGGGGACUGCGUGUUACUGAGAAAGACAAAGAGAGCCAUUCAGCGAGGGAGAGGGACAGAACGAGAGCGAAGGGGUGGGUGUAAAAAGCCAGAGGCAAGGCCAAUUUCAGCUCAGUAACCAGCACACACUUAGACUUUUGUACACGGCUCUCCAUUCACGCUGCCCUCUCCUCUCCACCUGAGGCUGCCUCCAGACUCAGCUGCAGUCAAAACCCAUUCAGAGGGCAUCCAAAAUCAAAAGGUCAAGUUCAUUGUCCUGACAUUGUGUUUGAGGCUGCAUGUAAAACAAAGAUAAUGAUGGAGGCGGCGAGACGUCACAUAGUUAGAAGUGUCAUGGAAGUGUGUAUGGAUGAAAUUCAUUUGGGAGAAGAAAGCGAAAGUAGUCUCAGACAGGGGUGUAAAUGUUAUAGAUUAUUGAUGGAAAAAACAAAAUAAAAAUAAAGACCACGCUUUAGGAAUUUUAAGGUGUUGUUACUCUCAGAGAAAUUGAUUUAAAUCAUUAAGAGAACCAUGUGGGUGAUUCAUUUUGUUCAAUGAAUCAAUUUUGGAUGGAAUGAAAAUUAAAAUAAAGUUAAAUAAGAAUUAGGCUCAGUUGAUUUUGGUCUGAGCUCCAGUCCUUCUUGGCCACAUGGCAAUAUAUAUUUCAUAGAAGAACAUAGAUGUUUGCCCCUGUUUGUCACUUUUUAAUUCAUGUAUUGUGUUUUUACUUUUCCUCUUUACAGGUAAGACCGUUUGUAAUACGAUGGCAGAUGAAACUUCGGCCAAUGGCACAUUGAUUAAUGUGAAUUAAUUAUCCCAGAUAAAUAAAUACAAUGCUGUAUAACCUUUUAA